AUGCAGGGGAUGAAGUGGUUUUGCAGUAUGUCCCUCAGCAGCAAAAGGAGUAAGAGGAGGAGUCGGAGGAACGGCGGCUGUAGCGGUAGCGUGCUACUCUUCUUGGCACUCCUGGUGGCGGUGGUGACCCUCAUGGCUGACCCCGUGGAGGCUCAAAAGCGAUCCGGCAGCGCUUCGGAAAAAGUGCCCGUCCUGAACAUUGCCGUGAUCCUGGGACGCACGCGCUACAUCUCCGACAGGGACAUCCGGGCACUGUGGAGCAAAGAGGACCCCAUCGACGUCAAUGUGGUCACACUGCUGGUCAACGAGACCGACCCGAAAAGCAUCAUCACCCACAUGUGCGACCUGAUGUCCGGAACCAAGAUCCACGGUGUGGUGUUUGGGGAUGGCACUGACCAGGAAGCCAUUGCCCAGAUUUUGGAUUUUAUUUCCUCGCAGACACUCAUACCCAUCCUGGGCAUCCACGGAGGCUCGUCCAUGAUCAUGGCUGAUAAGGAUGUGAAGUCGACGUUCUUCCAGUUCGGUGCCUCCAUCCAGCAGGAGGCGCUGCUGAUGCUGAACAUCAUGGAGGAGUACGACUGGCACAUCUUUUCCAUCGUUACGUCAAAGUUUCCAGGAUAUCAGGAGUUCAUCAACAUCCUAAAGACUACGGUAGAUAACAGCUUUGUGGGCUGGGAUCUGCAGAAUAUCAUCACUCUGGAUGCAGUGGAGGAAGACAGCCGGUCUCAGAUCAUGCUGAAGAAGGUCCAGUCCCCAGUGGUCCUGCUAUACUGUUCCAAGGACGAGGCGGUCUACAUCCUGGAAGAGGCUCGAUCUCUGGGUCUCACAGGAUUCGGAUACAUCUGGAUUGUUCCGUCGCUGACUACUGGUAACCCGGAAAUAACGCCUGACGAGUUCCCGUCGGGGAUGAUUUCGGUGUCGUACGAUGACUGGGACUACCCGUUGGAGGCCAGAGUGCGGGAUGGUCUUGGGAUAAUAACGUCAGCGGCGGCGGCCAUGUUGGAGGAAUAUGGCGACAUUCCCGAAGCCAAAACCUCCUGUUAUGGCCAGAUGGAGAAGACAACCAAGCUGCCACCCAGUGCACUACACAAGUACAUGAUGAAUGUGACGUGGGAUGGGAGAGACUUGUCGUUCACAGAAGACGGCUACCAGGAAAACCCCAAGCUGGUGGUCAUUGUUCUCAACAAGGACAGAGAGUGGGAAAAGAUGGGGAAACUGGACAAUGGCAGCCUGACGUUGAAGUAUCCGGUGUGGCCGCGUUUUAACUCCUUCGGUGACGCUGAGCUCGACGACAACCACUUGUCCAUCGUCACUUUAGAGGAGAAACCGUUCGUUAUUGUGGAGGACGUAGAAAGACUGACUGGAACCUGCAUGAGGAACUCAGUGCCCUGCAGAAAACAUAUCAAAGACAACACAACAGAGGCUGGUGGGACAUACAUCAAGAAGUGCUGCAAAGGCUUCUGCAUCGAUAUUCUGAAAAAGAUCGCCAAGUAUGUGAAGUUCACCUAUGACCUGUACCUGGUAACCAAUGGCAAACAUGGCAAGAAGAUCAACAAUGUCUGGAAUGGGAUGGUGGGAGAGGUGGUCUAUAAGAAAGCCGUCAUGGCCGUCGGAUCUCUGACGAUCAAUGAGGAGCGUUCUGAGGUCAUCGAUUUCUCCGUCCCGUUCGUGGAAACCGGGAUCAGCGUCAUGGUCUCCCGUAGUAACGGAACGGUCUCUCCAUCGGCCUUCCUCGAGCCAUUCAGCGCAUCAGUGUGGGUGAUGAUGUUUGUGAUGCUCUUACUGGUGACUGCAAUGGCUGUCUUCAUGUUUGAGUACAUCAGUCCGCUUGGCUUUAACCGAAACCUGGCGCAAGGAAAAGACCCUCACGGCCCUUCCUUCACCAUGGGCAAAGCCGUGUGGCUGCUGUGGGGUCUGGUCUUCAACAACUCUGUGCCAGUGCAAAAUCCAAAAGGAACCACCAGUAAGUUCAUUGUGUCUGUGUGGGCCUUCUUCGCUGUCAUCUUCUUGGCCUCCUACACUGCCAACCUGGCUGCCUUCAUGAUCCAGGAGGAGUUUGUAGACCAAGUCACCGGGCUUUCUGACAACAAGUUCCAAAACCCAUAUGCCUACUCGCCUCCCUUCCGCUUUGGGACGGUUCCAAACGGAUCCACAGAGCGAAACAUCAGGAAGAACUACCCUGCUAUGCACCAGUACAUGGUGAAAUAUCAUCAAACCGGAGUCCAGGAUGCACUUGUCAGCCUGAAAACAGGUAAACUGGACGCCUUCAUCUAUGAUGCUGCGGUGUUGAACUACAUGGCCGGCAGAGACGAGGGAUGUAAGCUGGUGACCAUUGGCAGCGGGUACAUCUUCGCCACCACCGGCUACGGCAUCGCUCUGCAGAAGGGCUCCUACUGGAAGCGACAGGUGGACCUGGCUAUCCUGGCCAUCAUCGGAGAUGGUGAAAUGGAGGAACUGGAAGCCCAGUGGCUGACAGGAAUCUGCCACAAUGAGAAGAACGAGGUGAUGUCCAGUCAGCUGGAUGUGGACAACAUGGCGGGGGUCUUCUACAUGCUGGCCACGGCCAUGGGGCUCUCCCUCAUCACCUUUGUGUCGGAGCACCUCUUCUACUGGAGGCUGAGAUACUGCUUCACUGGGGUUUGCUCCGGAAAACCAGGACUCCUUUUCUCCAUCAGUCGGGGAAUCUGGAGUUGCAUCCAUGGUGUACACAUUGACAUGAAGAAGAAGACCGAUCUGGACUUUAGUCCCCAGGAUAAAAUGCUUAAGCUGAUAAAAUCUGCCAAACAGAUGACCAACAUGUCCAACCUGAGUGGCUCACGCAUGAACUCACCCAAACGUGAGUUUAUGCACUCAGCUGGACCAAUGAUCAUGGACAUGAUGGCAGAGAAGGGCAACUUUAUUUAUGCCGACAACAGAAGCUAUGCUCCCAAAGACAUGAUCUAUGGGGAUACUGGUGACCUGCAGUCUUAUCUCGCUAACCGCCACAAAGACCACCUCAACAACUAUAUCUUCCAGGGUGGUCAGCAUCCUCUGACCUUGAAUGAUGCCAAUCCCAACACAGUAGAGGUGGCAGUAAGUGCUGACGCAGUCCAGACCAACGCCAAGCCACCCCGGACCCUGUGGAAGAAGUCAGUGGACACGCUUCGUUCGGUGCCACCUGGACCCCCUCCAAUGCCUGACAUGCUCAUGCCAGACCCGCGAAUGUCAAUGAAGACACAGCGUUACCUCCCCGAGGACACAGCCCACUCUGACAUCUCUGACUGUUCCAGCAGGGCAGCCUCCUACAAGGACCCAGAAAACAACAAGCACCUGAAGCCCAAGGACAACUUAAAAAAAAGAUCGGUGACGUCAAAAUACCCAAGGGACUGCAGUGAGGUAGAGCUGUCCUACUUAAAGACUAAGCAGGUCAGCGGCGGAACCAACCAAACCGGGAGAGGAGGAGGAGGAGGAGGUGGAGGAGGAGGUGGAGGUGGAGGAGGAGGAGGAGGAGGAGGAGAAAAAAUCUACACCAUCGACUCAGACCGAGAGCUGAGUCUUCAUUCGGAUCCCAUUCACUACCGCGAGAGUCGAGGCCUUGCUGCCGACGAUUUGGAUUACCCCGAGAUCUAUUCUGACCACAGUGAUAACUAUAGGAAAUGUGAGCAGCCAAUCAUUCAUCUGAACUCCUCACCUCUGCAUCAUGGAGACUCAGACAUGCUACCAGACCCAACUUACUCUAAACACUAUAGCCUGAAAGAGAAAAAUAUUUCCCUGUCUCCACAUGAAUCUAUUGAUCGUUACAAACAGACACACUGCCGUUCCUGCUUGUCGAAAGUGACCCCUGGCUACCCAGCAGGAGUGCCAUAUACCCCUGCAGCAUCUGCUGCAGCUUCUGCCACACGCUCUCCUUAUAAUCGGUGUGAAGCUUGCCUCCACACAGCAAAUCUGUAUGACAUUAGUGAGGAUCAGCUCCUCACAGACCCCUUGGUCAGUCCCACAAUGCACCACCAACAGCAGCAACCAGAUGAAAUGUUUGGUCUGUACUGGCCACAGACAGACGGACCACAUGUUCAGAAGAGAAACCGUUUGAGGCUGAGUCGUCAGCACUCCUUCGAUAACAUCAUGCUAGAAAAGCCCAAGGAUAUAGACCUGGGCCGACCGGCACGCAGUGUCAGCCUCAAGGAGAAGGAUCGCUUCCUGGACUCGGCGUCCGACUCGCACUACGCUAACCUCUUUGGCAUGCGUCCCUACUCUGGCAGACUGUUUGGCACUGGGUCCAAAUCGAUGUUGUUUAACCACAACCUGGAGGAGAGCAAGCGGAGCAAGUCUCUGUACCCGGCCCAUGGCUCGGAAAAUCCUUUCCUCACCCACUCACUUAGGGACGACACCAGCAGCAGACUGGUCCAUGGGCGUAGCUCUUCUGAUAUUUACAAACAGCUGGCGGUGGCCUCGCCUGCAGCGGUCCUUGGAGCGGCCCCCAUCAAAACACGCAAUGAUGCGAACAAUCUCCGCUCUUCUGUUAAAUCCACUACUUCAUACUGUUCACGGGACGGGCGGAUAGCAAAUGACAUGUACAAUAAAGAGCAUGUGAUGCCUUACUCAGCCAAUAAGACUAGUGCAUACCCGGCCCCUCGUGGUGUCCUAAAUUCAGCCCAGUUCAGCAAUAGACGGGUGUAUAAAAAAAUCCCCAGUCUGGAGUCAGAUGUUUAGUUCAUGUAAGAAAUAAUGUGUUUUCUCCUCCUUACUCCUCUCUGGGUUUGUAUUAUAAUUUAUCAACUAUGUUAUCCACUAAGGGAUGCCAUAGCCACACUUUUCUUCUUCUCUUUGACAUUGUAAUCCAAAAGAAUUUGUGCCCACUUGGGUAUGACGGUACUACUAUUACUCUCUUUGCAGAUGAUAUCACCAUUUCUGUCCAUUCUCUGCCAUGUACCAAUGAGUUGGAUGCAUGGCUGGUACUCUGCCAUCAGGUAUCCUGGUGUAAAGGGGAGGGGAAAAGUAAACCCCUCUAGGUUUCUAAAUGGGGUAGGCAGUGGCUUAGUGGAACAGAGAAGGCCAAAGAAACAAAGAUAGAGGACUCCUGCAAGAGUUGUCGGGAAAGAGACAGUUGAUUUGUGAUUGAAAUAUGCAGGGAAGUUGUGAGAAGGAUGGGUGAGGUAUUGAGAGAGGGGAAUGAAAAAGAGAGGACAUAACUUCUCUUUCAGCUCCUCUUUCAUUUCCCCUUUUUCCUUCCCACCUCUGCUGUCAAGCUCGAGGGAUCGGUAGUUGAGCAUAAGAGGCCUGACAGGGAGACCAGAUGGGCACGUUUGAUGUCGUGGCCAGACAUGGAAGUAUCCCAGGAGGGCAGGGGCGUCACAGUGAGCUAGUCAAACGGUCUGCUGCUUGUUACUCUGACAAAUAUGGCCACCGAGACUCCUAGCAGUGCAAAGAGAGAGGGCGAAAUGAGAUGAGUGGCUAAAUUGCACAGACAGGAUUAUAGAGGAGUUUUUGGCAGCGACAUAUCAGCAUCCCAUGUGUUAAGUCUAUGUGACGACAUGAUAGCGAUGAGAAGAUGAGAGUAAUGUAGGUGCUAUCAGUGAUUAAUGUUUACAGACUGACAGAUUAAAAAGACAGACUGACGGACAGGAAAGGACAGAUGAGCAGGAGAACCUGAGGCAACUGAUGGGCAUUUCAUUCGUGGCACUGCGCAUAGAAAAAUAUUUGCAAAGUAUUGCUUUUUUAUUCUAUUAAACUAUAAGAUUUAUUCGGGAUUCUGGCAUUUGGAUCCCCCUGUGUAGGAUUUUAGUGUUUGCUUAUUUGGUAGCAUAAUAGCAUUAGUUUUAAAACCUCUUUCCCACAUUUGCUUUUGAAAAAGCAUAGCUUUCUGAAAAAUACCAUCAAGAGUAGUAGAUUAUUUUGCAUGUGUUGAUUUUUUUCGAUGUUGGAGAAGAGAAAAUACACACAUAUACACUCUCAGAUACCUAUUUUACAUGUUUUUGAAAAGGGACUAUGUCGUGCCAGAUGCGGUGGAUGGAUACUUGUACAAUCGUAAUAUUGAUCCUUGACUUUUGUGCUUAGUAAAUCAGUGUCACGCUGUGGCUCCUGCUGCAAAAGAGCAAGAGAAUGGUGGAAGGGAAGAGAGCAGAGGAGAUGAACAAGGGAGAAAAGGCUAAAAUGACACCCCCAAGACCACCACCACCACCUUGUCCGAGUUGGGUAGUGGGUCGGCGCUGAUGUUUUUGUCUUUUGACCUCCCUACCACUGAGAAACAGGGUAUUAACUAUUAAAAAAAAAAAAAAAACUGACGAUUCCUUCCUUCUUACCUCCUUUCUUCUUCCCCUCCUCGAUCAACAUGACACAUGUCUAGAGUGUUGGAUAAAUGUAGAGUACUUCACUUUUUGUUUUUUGUAUCAUUGUACUUCGGUCGGCGCUGUAUCGACCGCUAUAAUGUAACUGGUGACUUGGUUACGAUAAUUGAUCAUGAAUUGAAACUCACAAAUUCUCCUGAUCCACAAUCAAACCAGGGCUUUCUUGAGGAUCCGAAGACUACUUGAGACAAACCCCUUGUUUACCGUCAAAGCGUUAUUUUUGGGCGGGAUGGGACAACUGGGUGGGUCGGGAGCUACAAAAUGGAGGCGCCACUGUUACGUGCUCACCAAUCAUGUAUCCGUUUUGGUUUGGGAUAAGUCGUGUGUGCAUAGAGGAUCUUGGGUAAGCUUGAAGUCUAAACCAGUCCAUUUGGUUUGUAUUCUGAUUGUUUAUGCCUUUGUUGCUUGUUUGUUUGUUCUUUUUUAAUAACUUGCACAUGUACAUAAUUCCAUGUACACUUGUGCCACACCUUUUUGUAGCAUUUUACUGUACAAAAAAACAACAUGCAAGCAUCUUAACUGACUAAUUUGUUUAAUUAAUUGGAUUCUCAAAGCCAAAUUUUAUCCAAUAAAAUACCUCAGGAUGAUUCUGUGCGUUUUGGGGGAGCUUCACACGUAGCAGCAGCAGAAAAUGAUGCGGCACAGAUUAUUUUGUAAAAAAAAAAAAAAAAAGAAAGAAAAAGAAAAAAAAUGAAAAGGGAAGUUAAAAAAAAAAAAAAAAAAAAAACAGAAAGAAAAUCAACAACAGUCUUUAUAGUGACCGCAAAGCAGAAUUUUUCUCCUUUUGAUGUUUACCAGUCCAAGGUCUUCCAGUUCGGCUCUGUCUGAGCUUUUGCAACCCAUGUAAAGAGAGAAGAAGAGGAAGAGAAGGAGGGAAAGAAGGGAUGGGGGCUUAGAUUGUUUUUGCUCAGUGAGGAGUGUGUGGCGUGUAGCUCCACUCCGUGCCUAUCUGAGCACCCUUAACACAAAUGGAGGAUGUAACUUAAUGUCCAAAAUCUACCCCUCUAUGGAAUACUCAAACAGGAAUCUCUCUCUUUCCUCUCCAUGGUUUUUAACGGCAGGCGACUGCAUUAGCCACUGUGUUUCAAUUGAAGCUCCAUGUUUUAACAACCACCAUCAUAUCGUCCUUUUGUACUCUUGGAAUACUACGACGAAUCUUUUUUCCUUGCUUCCCAAUCUGCGUACCCCACGAUGUUGACUGACGAGCAACAUUUGUCCUUUUUUUGCAUCUUUAUCUGCAUAUUUAUUAUUAUCAUAUUUAUCUCCACAUGCUGCUUGCGUGAGCUGAAAAGUGAACAAUAUGCACAUGUACAAAUAUCAAAAUGGCACCCUCGCGUUUUAUGAACUCAUGACAAUUUGUUCUAUUUGUUCUACUUUUACAGAACUGUCAUGUAAACUGAUGCUGUUUUAUGUUCCAACACACACAGCACAUACACACACACACUCUCAAGACACACCCUUGUGAUGACAACCCUGCUCUUUUUAAUGGCAAAAAUGUAUUUUAAUUACAUUAAUGAUAAAUAAUGAGGUGAUGGCAUGCAACCCCAGAUGUAACAAUUUUAAUGUUUUAUGUUUCUUUUUUUUGUUUGUUACUUUUGUUAUGAUGUUAUGAUCACUAAUGCGUUGUAACCAGGUGUGAGUAUAUACAUAUUUGAGAGAAAAAAAAAAAAAAAAAAUUAUCUAUGUUUAAACACAAUGAAGAUGCUGCUGCUGUUUUGGGGGAGAAGGCGAGGACCUGACCUUAGUGCAAGUUCCUCAUUGGCUGACAGGGCCACGAUCAGGCCGCGUUUGGCCCAAUGGGGUCGCAGGUCAGGGGUCAGGGCUCGGCUCGGUAAGGCGGGACAUCCUUGCUCUUCCUCCAGUGGCAGGUGAGAAUUACUGUAUCACCAGCUCUGCUUCUCUCUUCCCUCUCCUUCAUGUGUAGUCAGGACUUCAACUGUAAAGAAGAUAAAAGAAAAAAAAAGCAACGUUCUACUUUGAGUCUGCUAUCCCUCCAAAGAUACAAGACCUCUUUUCUUUAUGGUUUGCUGUAAGAAUAGAGCUUUUUUUUAAAACUAAUACUUCCUCAAAGACUUUUAAGGAACUAUUUUGAAUAUAUUUAGAAACGACACCUGUAUACAUCGCUUGUAAAUUCAUACUGGAAUACAUCAUCAUGGAGAAUUAUAAAUGAUAAAGAGUAAAAACAAUAUUUUUUGUGUGAAUUUCACAAGAGCUCUUCUGUACAGUGGCACUGUUUCUCUAUCUCUCUCUCUCUUUCUAUCUCUCUCUCUCUGUAGAGCGACUAGAAUAAAACUUCACCAUUCACAAGG